AUGCCAAUUGAUAUCUGUAGGACAUCAGAGGGAGGUAUACCAGUGCAUCUGCUCAAGAUGGGUCCAACACCGCGAGAUCAUCGGUUGUCAGAUGGUACACCGGGAUAUUCAGAGAUUCAUUUCGACGGAAAAGGAGAGCAGAUGCACGAGGUUGUAGCACAUUUAGAAAAUCAGGGGUUUAUUCCUCGGGAUUUGGUAAAGAAUGAGACAAGAUGGUUCUAUGAGAAUCUUGGGAUUGAUGAUAUGUAUUUUCAAAAAGAAAGUGUAGGAACUAUAGCAAACCAUAUUUUAGCUCUCUAUAGUGCAAAAAUUGUGGCAUUUUCUCGCCACUCAAAAGAAUUAGAGAUUCGACUGGAGCGAGAAGAUGAUGAUCAUGCAGUAUAUAUCGAUACGAGUGUACCUGGAGAGACAAAUUUAAAGGGGCCGUUGUAUGAGAAGAGGAUCGAAGAGCUUUAUUUGAAUAAUAAUUCAUCAAAGGCAUAUCGUCUAGAAACAUUCCGGUCAUCGGGGGUGAUCAAUACAUAUACAAAACAACAAUUAUGUUCGUAUUUUGUGACUAAAUGUGAUUUUGUAAAUCCAUUUCCAUCAAAAGAAGAGCUUUCAGAUUUACGAGUUGUUUCGGACAAGACAUUUCUCGAAAAAGUUACUCAGCGUACGUUUAAUAUCUAUCAAGGCGUUGUGGAGUCCGUUUUGAACCGUACUGGUCCAGUGAUUGAGAUGUAUGAAAUAGAUGGUACACGUGAAAGGCGUAUUGUUAUUGGGUAUAAACGGGGGAGUACACAAUAUUAUUUUUCAGCAUUGUCGAAUCUUUAUCAUUAUUAUGGAUUGACAUCGACUAGGAAAUAUGUAGAACAGUUUUCGAAUGGUGUUACUGUUAUAUGUAUCUAUUUGAUCCCGGUUUUAGAAAAGGCAGCGCAAUAUCCUCCGAUUGAACAUAGUAUUCAUCAGAUUGUUAAAGAGGCAUCACUAUUGUAUUGUAUUCCUCAAAAUCGGUUCCACGCACAGUUCGCUUCAGGACAGUUAUCCUUACAAGAGGCGAUUUAUGCUCACUGUGUAUUUGUUUUCAUCGGACAUUUUCUUAAUCGGCUUGGUACUGAAUAUUCGUCACUUAGCUCUAUCUUGGAUAUGAAUAAUCCUCUUCAUUUCGAGGUUCUUACCAAGUUGAAACGUCGUCUUCGUGAAGAAACGUUUACUCGUGAUUAUAUUUUUGAGAUUAUCCAAGCGUAUCCCGAACUUGUUAAGCUCUUUUACAUUUCUUUUGCUAGUAUACAUUAUAUUUCUUCUCACAUGACGGUUGAAGAAUUAGGGCCUACACUAUCUUAUCAACGUAUUCAAAUCGAUAGGUUUUUAGAUGAAAAGGAGAUUCUGGAAGAGACUGCACGUCAAACGAAUAAUAAUCAUGAAUACAAAGUAAUGGAAGCGUUUCAUCUUUUCAAUACUCAUGUUUUGAAAACUAAUUUUUACCAAGUAACUAAAGUAGCAAUAAGUUUUCGUUUAAAUCCCGAUUUCCUGCCUGAAAUUGAGUACCCACAAAAGUUGUUUGGAAUGUUUUUAGUCAUUGGGUCGGAAUUUAGGGGAUUUCAUUUGCGUUUUAGAGAUGUUGCUAGAGGUGGCAUUAGAAUUGUUAAAAGUAGAAAUAAAGAAGCCUAUUCCAUUAAUGCUAGAAGCCUUUUUGAUGAAAAUUAUAAUCUUGCAAAUACUCAGCAAAGGAAAAACAAGGAUAUUCCUGAGGGUGGUGCUAAAGGUGUUAUUCUUCUUGAUAUGGAGCAUCAAGAUAAAGCCGUUGUUGGGUUUCAAAAAUAUAUUGAUUCAAUUAUUGAUUUACUCUUGGAAGGAAAAACACCCGGUAUUAAGGAUAAGAUUGUUGAUCUUUAUUCUCAUAAAGAAAUUUUAUUCUGUGGUCCAGAUGAAAAUACUGCAAAUUUGGUUGAUUGGGCUACUGAACAUGCUCGAAUGAGGGGUGCAUUAUGGUGGAAAUCUUUUUUCACGGGAAAAACAGCACGUCUUGGUGGAAUCCCACACGACGUAUAUGGUAUGACAUCAUUAUCUAUCCGGCAGUACAUCUUGGGAAUAUAUCGGAAAUUGGAUCUAAAGGAAGAAGAAAUUACCAAAAUUCAAACAGGAGGUCCAGAUGGUGAUCUUGGUUCAAAUGAAAUUCUUCUUUCUCGUGAAAAAUACGUUUGUAUUAUUGAUGGAAGCGGUGUUAUAUAUGAUCCUGAAGGGAUUAACCGUCCAGAACUUAUGCGGCUUGCAAGAGAACGUAAAAUGAUUUCUUUUUUCGAUAGGUCGAAAUUAAGUUCUUCUGGGUAUAUCGUUUUGUUGGAUGAUGAGAAUUUAACGCUGCCUUCUGGCGAAGUAGUGCCAAAUGGCACCCAGUUUAGGGAUACUGCGCAUCUUAGAUACCAAGCUGACCUUUUAGUUCCUUGUGGUGGUCGGCCAGAAGCAAUUAAUCUUAAUAAUGUUUCUCAUCUAAUUCAUGAUGGGAAAUGUCGUAUACCUUAUAUUGUAGAAGGAGCAAAUCUUUUUAUUGCGCAAGAUGCCAAAGUAAAAUUAGAAGAAGCUGGAUGUAAUUUGUAUAAGGAUUCAUCUGCAAAUAAAGGAGGUGUAACCUCAAGUUCUUUAGAAGUAUUUGCAUCACUAGCAUUUUCUGAUGAUGAUUUUAUCGAGAAUAUGUGUAUUCAUGAUGGAAAGAUUCCUCAAUUUUAUCAAGAUUAUGUGAAACAAGUGCAAGAAAUUAUCCAAAAUAAUGCAAGACUUGAAUUCGAAGCAAUAUGGAGAGAACAUCAAAAAAGUGGGAAAUUUCGCUCAAUCUUAUCCGACGAGCUUAGCAAUGCCAUUACAAGCUUAGAUGAGGAAAUCCAACGUGCAAAGUUGUGGGAUAAUAUCCCUCUACGUAAUGUUGUUCUUAAAGAAGCACUGCCUUCAGUUCUUUUAGAAAAGCAGGGUCUCAAUAAAAUUUUAGAACACGUGCCUGAGUCUUAUAUGAAAGCAACCUUUGGUUCUUUCCUUGCAUCUAGAUUUAUUUAUCAAUAUGGUGCUGACUCAAGCAAGUUUUCUUUUUUCGAAUUUAUGAAUAAUUAUCUUCAAAAGACAAAUAUGUGCUAA